GGACACUCCAGUAUCAGCACCACACGCUCUCUCACUCUUUCUGGGAGUCCACAAGGAAGCGGUCCCCGAGGAUCUUCAUUUCUAUACCUCCUUGGUCCAGAUCCUCCGUCCGAGCACCAUCGACAACAAUGUCAGCAUCGAUGGAAUUGGAUCCUUGAUUGGCUUCACCCGUUGCACCGUUUCCCCUUUACUUUUUGCCUUCGAUCCCCAGGAUUCGCGCCGCGCCGCGCCGUUCUAUAUCCAUUUCCUCCACUACAGACUCCAUAUACAUCGUUCUCGCUCUCUCUCCAAGGACAUAAGGUAUACAGGUGCAUUCCAUAUCGACCAUCCACACGCCAAAACACCAUGCCGUCCUCCCCACCGAGCCCAACGACCAAGGCCGCCCGCGGCACUGGCACCACCACCACCGACAACAACAAGAAAAACGGCCGAGCAGCGGCGCCGCGCCCAGCACCAUCCAAAACCAAAUCCUCAACAUCUUCCUCUUCGUCGCGACGAGGCAGGAAAGCCGCCGGGCCGGGUGGCUUCUCGAACCAAUUCCGGCUCAACAGGCAGCGGAGCGAGACCGAGGCGCUGCUGGCGACGCAGCACGACGAGGAGGACUUCGCCGACAGCGACGGCCUGUACCCGCCGCACUGCACCUGGACGAGCCUCGAGCAGGACCGGCUGGGCGGGCGUCCGCCCGCCGAGGCCGACCCGUUCGGCAACGCGCACUGUAACGUCUAUGAGAAUAUUCAUCGCAUACGGAGGGAUAUCAUCACGAGUAUCGAUGACCCCUAUUCCCUCGACCAGCUCAAAGCUCCGCGAAUGAACAUCUCGGUUGUGCGGCCCCUGGUCGAUUCCCUCUACGAGACCAACGACUUAUCAAUCGUGUACUGCCUCCUCGUCAACCGGAUGCAAUUCAUCCGCGAACAAUCGUACGCGACACACCACCAAACGGUCAACCUCACGCGCGCACUUCUAUGCGAGCUCGUCGCGGAGAAGAUCCUCCGGCGGUACAAUGAACACAAUCCGGGGCCUAGGGGGCUACUCAAGUUGGCAAACAUUCUCGUUGCGGGCUUCGAACCCUUCCAAGGUGCUCCGGACGAGGUGACCAAGCAGAGUCAGCACGCGAUGCAUUACUGGGCCGCCCAGCGCAGAUCCAAGUCGGGCAAGGUGGAGAGGAAACUGACUGCCUUGGAAGUCGCCAUUGUCAGUGCCAGCAAGUCGUUCCUGGCGAGCAGCGCGUGUCAAAAGGUCGUCGACGCCAUCUACCGCGGCAAGGUCGUGUAUACACCCAGCAGCUUCAUUGACAUCAUCCCGGACCACUGGAAGAAGCGGCCAAUUUCCCUGUACGACCCCCGAAGAGCCCCGUUGUUAAACCAGUACAGAUUGAUUGUGCCGCGGACGAGGAACUUGAUCGAGGUGUGUCAGUUUGUCAUCCUACUGGCCCUGUACGUCGCAGUUAUGGCCGGGAGGGAGAGCCGAAUGAAUACCACCUAUGAGAUUCUCGAGCUGGUAUUUGACGUGUAUGGCGCUGGUUGGGUACUCGACCAAUUUGCGUCUAUACUUGAACAUGGUUGGGGCGUGUAUACCCAAAACCUAUGGUCGUUCCUCGAUGUCAUGUUCUCGACAAUCUUCAUCAUAUACCUGGUCUUGCGAAUCUACGCCUUCUCAAUUGUCGACGAGGAAGAGUCCAUCCUUCUCGCCCGGACUGCCCUUGACAUCCUCAGUUGUGGCGCACCAGUUCUCAUUCCGAGGCUGGCGUUCAACGUCAUGUCGGAGAACAUGCUGUUUCUCUCAUUGAGAGCGAUGAUGUCUGAUUUUUUGACAUUGACUGCUCUAGCCGUGUGGUGUUUUGCGGGUUUCCUCUUGAGUCUCAAGUGGUUGCACGCUGGCGCUCAUCAGGCUGUGACAAUCGGGGAAUGGAUGAUUUGGAUAUGGUUCGGUCUGGACGGGACCGGUAUUGAUCAAUCUCCAGACUUCCACUGGCUUCUCGGACCUCUCUUGAUGGUUUUGUUCGCUUUCCUGGGCAACACGUUGUUCCUGACGGUCCUCGUCUCGAUGUUGACGAACACAUUCAGCGGCAUCGUCAGCAACGCUGUCCAAGAAAUCCAAUUUCGACGCGCGGUCCUCACUUUCGAAGGGGUCAAAUCAGAUGCAAUCUUCGCGUAUAUGCCGCCCUUUAACAUCCUCGCGCUUAUCCUCAUGCUUCCUCUAAAGUGGAUACUCUCAGACAGAAUGUUUCACAAAGUCAACGUCGCAGCGGUCAGGACCAUCAACCUACCAAUGCUGUUGAUUGUUGCAUGGUACGAGAGGAGGACACUAUGGCUGUCGGACAAGCGGAAGAUUUCAAGCAGCAAGAAAAUUGACUGGAAGAAUCCUGGCGGGCCCAGAGCAACACCUGCACAAUACUGGGCUCUCUCACGGUUUAGUGUACAUGGAGAUAUCCACGCGGUGUUCGACAUCGACCCGCCACAGUCAGUACUGGACAAGAUCGCCGAAGAAGACAAUCUGGAUCACAGCGACGAUAUGGGGAUCCUAUCCAACACCAAGCUGCAGAACCAAUUCACGCACUUGUCAGAGGAAAGGAGAGCGAGCCAGACCGCUGAUUCGAACCGAAGAGCGUCGGUCAAUCCGCAGCCCGCGAAGAGCGGAAGAAGAGAGUCUCAAGUGGACCAGAAGUUGAAAACCCAGUUUCAUGAUUCGAGUGAUGAGACUGGGGACGAGGCACAACACCCGCCCGGGUACCGAAAGCCAAAGAGGCGUCAGAGAAUGGAUUCACUGGUCGACCUGGACGGCGACCGAGACGACCGGAUCCUGGAAGCGACGGCGAGACUGCACAAAAUAGAAGACGCGUUGGAAAGAAUGGAAGCCAUGCUUGCUCAGUUAAUGGGCGGAGAUGCGAGCAGUGAGAACAGCGAGGGACGGGAGGAGCUCGCCUCGGAGAUAAGGGACAACUCGAUCCAAUGAAAGAUACUGUGUAGGGUAUGAGAAUUGUCGUUCUAGCAUGCGAAGAGAUACC